AUCGACCACGAGGCCCCCUCUCCAUCGUCACCGUCGACCAUUCACCCUGCAGUCAUCCGUGGCAACAUCGUCGGCAGCGCAGCCCUGUUGUUUGGCAGUCUUUUGCGGGUCUCUUUUGAUUGGCCAGACCCGGCCUCCCGUCUCUCCAAAUCCCGCCCUAGCACGAUCCUUCUAAUUGCUCGCAAGCGAGCGAACAGCUAACGCCCGAACGACCUCACCCUUCACGACACCAUCCCCAACCUCACCCGCAUGUGACGUUCCCACUGCGUCUUUCAACGCUACUGCGCACGCUGCCGCUCGUCGACUGUCUCGCGCCGACUGUCGCGCCUCCACCGUCGUCGUUCCCUUGUGCUAUCUUCUCACUCCGAGGACCGCCGUGUGAUGCAAUUCCGCAUUCCAACCGCUUCGACCACCAGACUCUCCUGAAUACGUUGUCGCAACCUCGAUCCCGCCCGCAAUUUGCUCGCCUUCUUUCACGUCGCAAUCGUCCGCGCAGCCGUGGCCGUCGCCGACCCUCCAGCGUUCUUGCACACGCCGCUUUGUUGACUGGCUGAGACGCUUCUCUGGCAUCCGGCCCGCGCUUCGCCUACGGAUCUGCCCGCUUCCUCAUCUUCUAGGCACCUACCACGUCGCGUGACUGUUCAAGGUGCAAGAAGGCUUGACCUCUGAGAGCCACGGCGAUCGCGCCGCUGGAGGAGACGGCGGGAGCCAGGAAGGAAUGCCAGGCCGGCUGCUGAAGAUGACAACAAACGGCGUGGAAGGCGCAGACCAUGUCGUCAACGGCAAGCAGUCGCUGCCAGGCGCCGUACAACCCGCCAAUGAAUCGAGCAUACCGGGCUUAGGCAAGCGUGCAAGUGACAACGCGCUCGUAAAUGGCGACUCGCAUCUCCCUGGCCUGGGCGCAUAUCCUACGCCCAACGGAGUAUCGCCGUCUAGCCCAGCAAAGACGGCGCUGCCGGACUCGAUGUACGAUCUGCCUGAAGAGGUCGUUCAUAUCACCACCGGCGUACAUUCGCUGGGCGCUCUCAUUCAGAGAGUUUCGGCCCAGUGUUUUAACGAGCUUGAAGCUACGGUGGACCAGCUCGCACGCUUACCACUUCAAAUCCCGUCGCCCAUGGCCAAUGGCGCUGGCGGCAUCCACCAGACGCCGACGCUUUCGGGCAAAGACGAAGAGCGCAAUAAACAAAAGAAAGGCCUCAUCCUCAAGUUUGCGAGCGACUUCCGCGCAAAGUUCAUCAAACUGCUCGUGCUCACAGAUUGGGCGAAGCGAGACCAGAAAGACGUGAGUAAACUGAUAGACCUCAAAAAUUGGCUUGUCGUCCAGGACGACGCGGCUCUGCAAGCAGGAAACUGGUUCUACAAUAUCAUCAAGGACCUGAGAUCCUUCAAACUCGCGAAUCCAGACCUGGAAACCGCUCUUGCGGUGCUUUCCAAAGGCGAUGUACCGUGGUUACCGCAUCUUGACUUUCGAGAGCAGAAGGCCCUCUCACCGGAAAGUACGCUGAAAGUGCUACGGCAAAUGAACGCAAUCAUAAAUCUUCGGUUGGUUCUCCAUGAGGAGCUAAUUCCGCAGCUGCGCGACUAUCGGGUCGCGAACGGUCGGGCGACCUUCACUUUUCCCCAAGAGUUUGAGCUGGACGUGUACGUAGCCAGCGAAGAUCCUGAACAACCGUGGUACUUCCUCGAUGUGCGGUUCUUGUUCGAACCCGCACCGCAGAUGAAGGGCGAGAGAUUGCGAGCGGUAGUCGAUUCGCGAAUGAACAUGGCAUUGGCGGAGAAUGGGCUUAAAGGUGCGUGCGAAUUAGCGCACGACUUUGUGCUCACACAUAAGAUCAACAUUCUCCGAAAACAGGCUCAGGAGCUGCAAAGAGGCAUAUGGGCCUCUUCAUUGAACGUUGAUAUGAUCAGGCGUACUUUAGUAGUUCAGUAUUGGACAGAAUCACCGCAGCCUAAGAGUUGGAUCGAGAUCGGUAUCGCGACAGGGAAGGAUAAGAGCAGAAGGCGGAAAGCAGAUAACGCGAUAUCGUCACAAGUGAAGACCCGAUGGAUACGGAACGGCAAGGAGCAGAAGGAUGUGGAAGUUCCCAUUGAUCUAGCAAACCUGUCGCUGGAGCGGCUCCUGAGCGCAUACAUUGCGCGACAUAGCUCUCACUUGCUCGAGAGCGUGCAGGAAGGUUUGGAGACGCAGGCGUUGAAUCUGGCGCACGGGGAAGAGAGGCUUUUGAAGAUCGACUUGACGACAUCCGAAACUGAACCUGCAGAUUGCGUUCUGAGAGCUCGAAUUGGCGGGCAUCCCACGACGGCAUUGCAAAUUGAUGGCAUCACUGGGCGACUGUACUUCAGUCCAGCCGGCAUAGCAACUCCGAAAGCUCAAGAAGCCUUGGAACGAGCGAAAGACCCUGCUACGGAAGCGCCCGCUACGCUUUUGCGAUACCUCACAUAUGACAUUCAGCUGAGACUCGAAAGACUCAUAGACAAUCUAGGUUGGGAAGCAAUGCGCCAUCUGAAAAUAACCAGGGACGACAUUAGCAGGCGGACGAAAAGAGAGGCACUGAGAUUCGGGCUUUAUCAGCCUCGCAGCUUCAAAGGAUCACAUUGGUAUAUCAUGUUUACCAUCAAUCUCUGCGGAGAGAGCUGGUGGGUGUUGGAAUUUGACCCUUCAUCUCCCAGCAAUGCAAAUGCUGAUGUCGCCUGUUCGCGUCUAAAGGUGCCUGGCACUGGCGAUCUUCUUGCUCCUCUCUCCGUGCAAACAUUGAAGAAGCUUGAGCAAUCCGCAAUCAGUGCGUCGUCAUAUAUUGCGGCAAAUAGGGAUCUCACUGCUAGGGGUGUAAGCACUGCCAUCAGACAUGUUCCUAUUGACCUCAGCAAGACUCCCUUGGCUUCUUCCUUUAAAUCAAGCACAGCGGAGAAAACCUUGCCCACACUCAUGAUACGCUUCUCACAGCUACUGCGUUCUACUCGGCAAGGUUUUGCAAAUGAUCUGCUUCAAUUGCAAUACUUGAGCUUCGAUACAGAUUUGGGUCAAGUCCGGCUUGUAGCAAAAGGUAGGAUGCGAGAUCCAGCCAAAGUUCAAGACGUUCUCCAAAAAACGAAGGAUUCGAAUGUCGCCUUUUCUCCGGACGGUUCCUUUUCCAUGUUGCUAUCUGCCAAAGUUGGCGUCUCCGUUGUCCCCACGAUCGUCGCUCGCCUAAAUACUCUUAACACCUUGUGUCAUUUCGCAAAGAUCCUAAGGAGAAGUGGGUUCGAAUGCAAAACCAUUUCCUUCAGUAAAGUGUGCUUUAGGUUUGCGCAGGAUCAGGAAAUCACUCUCGUAUUCGCUGGCACAGAGGAGGACCCUCGAAUCAAGCUGGAGAUUGCGCGGGACAAUCCACAUCGACGGGUGGCCCCGCUGCUCGAGGAGAUUGUGAACGAUCCUGAAAUGGGCUUUGAGCGCUUCGUCCUGGCGCUAGAUUAUUUUCACCCUGUGCUACGUGCAUUUCAAAGGCUUGAGCAGAAGCAUGCACUUGACUACCCUGCAGCGCCUAUCAUCCACCCCAGGCAAGUAGACUUCUACAGGCUGCUGUAUCCAAAUCCAAAUAACCCCAAAGAGCCGUAUGUAAUCUUCGAUUUGAGUUUCAAGCGAAACAAGGACGACCUGGAGUGGCGCAUAGCAGAGUUUUCGAACCAAAAUGCUAAGCUGGAACGCGAAAAAGUCUUUCCCAAUAUCGAAGCUAAAUUAAGCGAGUUCAUGAAGCGUGUUGGAACGGGUUGGACGGGUAUGCGGAGUAUGAUAAUAGCACCACACAAAGGGGGCAUCGAGGAGGCAAUUCUUGAGCUCGAUCGAUGUGUAUGGGAUGCGAUGGGACGCGGCACGAUAUCGCACUCAAGAGAUGGUAAGGGCAUCGGUCAAGAUGUCAUAACAAUAGACUGAAGAUGGAUGAAUGGGGGACCCGAAGAGACUAUGAAGCAGCGCAAUCCGUUGCAAUUGCCCAUAUUGGGGCCAAGAACUACGGGACUAUCUGCGCGCGCGCUUUCUACCUUUGCUUUUUUUUUUUUAUCAAUGUCUAUACGGGGGUUCGAGAAUACCCAGAAUCUUGCUUCCCGGUCUUUCGUGGACAACAGGCCUAAUGGAUGACGACAUUUUCUGUGAAAGAAAUAUGUCGAUGGGGAGAAACCAGUUUUGGAUGUGUAGAAAAUAGCUUGUAUGCUAGCAGUGACAAGGAGAAAGCGUUAAAAGAGAAUGUGAUGAAAGCAAUACAGAGACGAAAGCGACCCUUCGCAGCA